UGCUCUGUUUUUCUACAAAUGAUUAAAACAAUUCAGUAAGCAUAAAAGAGAAAGUUGUACCUUUAAAAUGCACUUAAUGGCUACACUUGUUUUUGAUUUCUUGGUGUCUUUCAAAUGAUCUGUUCUAAGACAUAAUUCUCCAUCCUGUCAGCAGCUCUACAUGAAGAUGGGAGCCCCACAGCUAAACACUCCUCUGAGUUAGCCAUGCAUCACUGCAAUUCAUCAGGCGCUGCGCCACUCAGCCCAUUUUCCAAUGACAGUCAAUGGGAAGGACAGCCGACCUCUCCAUCACUUGCCGACUCCGAGAAUGUCACCUCGGAGAGACCGAUCCUGAGCGGCCCUAUAGCUGCGAUGCUCUCGAUGACCCUAGGGAUCCUGUCUAAUAUUGUGGCUUUAUUCAUCCUGGCAAACGCAUACGCCCGCCUACGUCGACGAUCCAAAGCAUUUCUCCUGUUCGCCAGCUCUUUGGUGGCCACGGACUUUGUGGGGCAUGUCAUACCUGGUUCAAUAGUAAUGAGGCUGUAUCUUUCUGGAGGUGUACCCUCUGAAGAAUACAACCAGGCGGACCCAUUAUGUCAGUUUCUAGGAGGCAGCAUGGUGUUUUUCGGACUGUGUCCACUCUUUCUUGGUUGCGCCAUGGCAGCUGAGAGGUGUUUAGGGGUGACAAAGCCACUGCUCCAUGCUUCGCUGGUUACAACCACAAGGACUAAGCUCUCACUUUCUGUUAUUUGGUUAGCAGCUCUUUGCAUUGCUCUUCUGCCCUGCUUUCAGCUGGGUUCAUAUACAUACCAGUAUCCUGGAACCUGGUGUUUCAUUAAAGUGCUGGAGGACACAGAGAAGGCAGACGUGGCCUUUGUUAUGUUGUUCUCAGGACUGGGGUUGACAUCCCUUGCUGUUGCUUUGGUGUGUAACACCAUAAGUGGACUGACGCUGGUGUUAGCGAGGAUACGAAAGAAACCCUGUAACCGUAGAUCAGCUAGAUCCCAUGAUAUUGAGAUGGUGGUGCAACUUGUAGGCAUAAUGGUCACAUCUUGUAUCUGCUGGAGCCCUCUUCUGAUUAUUGGCCUAAUUACAGUGAAACAGUCAUACGAGGGCUCUAUUGGAGAUGACCUUGCCACCUAUAAGACCCUAAUGAUAAUGGGGGUGCGGAUAGCAUCCUGGAACCAGAUACUGGACCCAUGGGUCUAUAUUCUUCUUCGUCGUUCCGUCCUCCAAAAGAUUUACUUAAUUACCAAACGUCCAACGGACUUUAAGGAAAGCACUUUUCGCUGCUGGGAGAUCCAUUCCUUCCCCAGCUCUGAGAAGAAUCCUGUCAGUAGAAUCUGAAUCUGAGUGUGCAUCAAUAACAACCGGAGGCCUACACAGUCAGCUCUACCACAGAGGAUCUCACCGGACCCCUUUAUUACAGCAUGGACUGCACUCUCUAUGUUAAGAAUGUAUUUAUUUUAGCAAAUUUGCACAAAGGUAAAUAAAGCAUGAGAUGAACAUUCCUAUUACUUCCUGUAAAACACUAAUAAUAAGAUUCUGGCUGAAUACUUUCACGCCAGUUGAAACAGAGCACAGCAAUUAGCUAUUUGCUCUCUUGAGCCCUCAAUACAGAAAAUACACUGGUGUUAGUAAUUGAAGCAUUAAUUCAGCCAGUGUUGUAGCUUUAGAUCUGAGACAGUGUUUUUAUGUGUCCCCCAUGAUGACGGCCCUGAGCAUGAAAACCCGACAUGACAGUAACAAGAGGCACAAAAAAUAUUUUAAUCUUUGUUUUACCGAAAAGAAAUGUUCACCUAAUCAGAUUUUGUACAGCAUGAUCAUCAACCAUAUAUUAACUGUGGUGAACAUUAUUUCCCCUCACAGAAGGGGAAGACAGUUUUCCUUUAUGUUUGUCUUGCAUAUAUGUUACUGUGCAAAAAUGUGAAUAAUAAUGUUCAUAUUGUUGUAUAAUUUAUUUCUUGUGUUAUCCCUCCAAUUUUCUGGAGGCUUUUAAUGUUGUUUUUUUAAAUCGAAAAGCAUUAUAAUAAAACAAA